CCCGGCCCGCGCGCGCGGCCAGCGCAGACCUCCCGGCUCCACUGGCGGCGCGGGCGGCGGUAAAAUGUCGGCUCCAGGACCUUACCAAGCAGCUGCAGGCCCUUCUGUAAUGCCUACUGCACCCCCAACCUAUGAAGAAACAGUGGGUGUCAACAGUUACUACCCAACGCCCCCAGCACCUCAGCCGGGACCAGCCACAGGGCUCAUUACGGGCCCGGAUGGGAAGGGCAUGAAUCCACCUUCGUACUACACCCAGCCCGUGCCUGUCCCCAACGCCAACGCAAUUGCAGUGCAGACGGUUUAUGUGCAGCAGCCCAUCUCCUUCUACGACCGCCCCAUCCAGAUGUGCUGUCCUUCCUGCAACAAGAUGAUCGUGACCCAGUUGUCCUACAAUGCAGGAGCCCUCACCUGGCUCUCCUGUGGCAGUCUGUGUCUGCUGGGAUGCGUCGCUGGCUGCUGCUUCAUUCCGUUUUGCGUGGACGCCCUGCAGGAUGUGGACCAUUACUGCCCCAACUGCAAAGCGCUCCUGGGCACCUACAAACGUUUGUAGGACUCGGCCAGCCACAGGGGAGGUAGACAAGUGCUCCCGGAAGUCACCCAACCCUUGCCCAGCGCAGCCAGAAGACGUCCCUUCCUUGAUCUCUUCAUGAGCUCGUCUUCGUGUCUUUUAGGGGGUGGGGAAAGUCGGAAAAGUAACAAACCCCCAAACCCAGAAACUGCUGCUGGAGUUGUGCCCUGCACAUGCAAAGACGUGGACCUUGGGUGUUGCUUUAAGGGUUUACCGCCUGAUCUCGUUACCCCACUAACUGUGAUUGUUACUCCAUUUGCAUCUCGUCUGCUGAUUUGCCACUGCCUGCCCCCUCUUCCUCAAGAAGAGGCCUUCCUGGUGCCAGGCUCAAAACCCGAAGCUACAGUUUGCCUUAUUUUUCACUGUUUGGCUUGAUCUGUACCAUCUCUCCCAGCCCUAAUGACAGAGACCUUGCCUUAAAGACUUUGCGGUUCUGUAAUUGCAGACUUCUCCAGCACUCAGAAUCACUUUAAUUCCAUAGAGUUGUUCCUCUCCACACACACCCCUCCCCCGGUGCACAGAAGGGCUGCCGACACCCACCAGACUCAUACAGAGAAGGUCACAAGUACUAAAUGAAAGGCUCCCAGCCCACCUUGUCUCAGCCCCUGUCCUGUGAAGGGACUCCUUCCUCACACAGUUUCUGUGACUUCCUUUUGUUCUUAAACACAUGGAAGUUACUUGGCAGGGAGACAUUUCUAGAAUAAUUUUUGUGAUCACGAUACACCCUUCAUUCUCCGUUUGCUGGUAUGUUUUUAGUUGGUUUGGUUUUAGUUUUCCACAUACAGUCUAGCUCGUGGCCAGCCUUGAGCUCCGAGGAGAUCCUCCAUCUUCUCCUCUCAAAUACCCAGGGCCCAGACAUUUGCCUCUGCACCUGCUGGGCUUUUUCUCUCAUUUUUCCUUAACAGAAAAACAAACGGGUAAUUUCAUCGACUGCCUAUGUAGGUUUGGUGUGGUUUUGAAAACCUUGUUUCCAUGGGGCCCCUUUGGGGGAGUCAGGGGGCCCCUGCACGAGCCCAUGCUUCAAUGCCGAGAGAUUGGCUGCUGGAACCCCCUGAAGCAUGAUUUCAUGUUUUAGAGAUGAGCUUCUGUGGUACGGUCAUCAUGGUCUCCAACAUCAACAGACAAGGUAGAAGGAUGUCAACGACAAAGAUAAGUUCAGGGCUCUUUCUAGGGUCACCACUCUGUCCUGUGUAACACUGACACAGUCUGGCCAGCCUUUCAGGAGGUCCUGGCUCCCUCCUAAACCCAUGUAGGAUCUGCUGCAAGUAACAGUGUAUGAAGUCAACCUGACCUGGAACAGAAGUCUGCAUAUUGGUUAAGAUACAGCCUAUGUAUCUUCAUACAACGAUCCAGAAGUACUAGACAUCAUUUUUGCAGUGAAUUAUGGGUACCAUACAUGACUUUGAUGAUAUCUGCUUUUAAACAAAUAAAAUCUUUGAUCACUCAGUGAACAAUUCAGUUCACCUGUUAGGAAGAAAGGCCUUGUGUUGUGUUUCCAGGAGUUGCCCAAAGAAUCUUGGGCUGCUCUGUUCCACUAGGAAGUCUUUCCUGACCCACCUCAGGCUUCAGCCACAGCAAGAUGACCGUUGCUAACGAGUUGCAUUCGAAGGUUUGGCAGUCGGAGCCCAUGGCUGUCACUGAUGGCAGCAAGCCACGGCUUUCAAGUUUUAAUAAAACGCCAAGAAGAAA